CACAAACGGCUGGGUGACUCGUGGCCCCGUGAAAACAAGGAUGGAGUGCGUGCGCUCCACGCUCAAAUUUCGCGCUAUGUAUAUGUGCGUGCGUGCGUGCGUAUUUCCUUGGCGCUCUAUUUUCACUCCCGAGGUCCCUCUAGAGUCUCGAGUGGACUCCUGGACGCUCCUCUCGCCCUAACUUCGGAACUUAGACGCAGCUGGCCGCCAUCGUUUCUGUGUAAGCUCACCUUACUAACCCGAUGAUUUGCGGUUGAACAUCUCCGGCGGUCAGUGUCUGGACUAUCACACUUGAUAGUUCUGUGCACUUCCGAAUAUGUAUAAAUAUCUGUAUCUAUCUUUCAACACGCAUUACUUGUGUGUAUUCGGUCAAUCUGAAUACUCAGCCGAUGAGGUUUUAUAUUCUCGCUUCUUAUCAAGAUCGUAAUAUGUAUGAAGUUUAUCUUGUUCAAUUUGAAAUGGUAAUGUAUUUGUUAAAUCUUGUUGUCUUUGAUAAAUCCUGUUGCGCGCCACUCUGUUUUCUCCUUCUACUUGAUCCGUGUAAGUGUUGCAUUUGUCGCGGGCUAUUAUUUACUGUUGCAGUGCCAUGCUAUUGUUCAACGCCUUAAGAUGUAGGGAUGGGGAGGGAAAUGGGCAACCUAAGGCAAUCUCUUGUGCGCAUCACAAUGGCUGGUGAAUCAAAGUGAUUAUAUGGCCGAACGUUUUGUUUCUUUUGAAACGGGGAGGUUUGGCUUCUAGAGCGUGGAGAAGCAGUUGGGUAGGGAUGAGGCUAUUUGCAUUUGGUUGCUUCUGUUACAAGAGAUUUCGUAUAUUCCGUGCAUGGUUCAUGCCAUGCUUUUGUUAGCUGUUUAGUGUCGUGCAUUGAAGAUAUUGCGUUCAUUCAGCAUUAAAGUUAUUCCCUCCUAUGCUUUAGUUUCAGACAAAAAGAUAGGAUCACACUGGCCGCAUGUCUGGACCAGUGCUAUUGUGGCUGGAUGUGCUGAUGAAUUCUUCCAUUGACCUUUUAUGUGGAGUUAUCUUUUUAUUUUAGAGCAUCUCUUGUAAUUGAAACAAUAUUAGAUUUGAAGAUGUCUUUAAUGUCUGUAAACUAUAAAUAUUAUAGUAUUACUUUAUCCAAUUUAAUCAUCUUUGAUAUUCUCAAUUGAUUUGUAUAGAACCAAGGCAGAUUUACAUUCUUUUUGUUUUUCCUCCUUUAAAAUAUUUUUGCAUUCGGAUGAAAUUUGUAUACUGACAUUCGUUAAAAUUGUAAAAGGAGCUUAAACUGAAAUAUUGGACAGUCUUUCUGAGCAGUGAAGGAUGGAGAGUUUAGCGCACUUGGAAACUUUGUGUGAAAGGCUUUACAAGUCACAGGACUCUGUUGAGCGAGCACAUGCAGAGAGUACCCUGAAGUGCUUUUCCUUAAAUGUUGAAUAUAUCACACAGUGUCAAUAUAUUCUGGAUAAUACAUCAUCUCCUUAUGCCUUGAUGUUUGCUAGUUCAAGCUUGUUGAAGCAAGUGACAGAGCACAGCCUUCCUUUACAGCUUCUACUUGACAUUCGAAAUUAUCUUAUAAACUAUCUGGCCAGAAGAGGAGCUGAUUUGGAACCCUUUGUGCUUGGAUCCUUGAUACAACUCUUCUGUCGCAUUACAAAGUUUGGGUGGCUAGAGGAUGACAGAUUCAAAGAGGUUGUUAAAGAAGGGAUGAAUUUCCUAAGUCAGGCACCACCUCAUUGUGCUAUUGGUUUGAAGAUUUUGGACCAGCUCAUUUCUGAGAUAAAUCAGCCUAUUCCUCGGAUACCUCCUACUCGUCAGCGUAGGAUAGCUAGCUCUUUCAAGGAUCAAUCACUCUUUCAGAUGUUCCAGAUAUCAUUAACUUCUCUUAUCCAACUCAAAAAUGAUGUUGGAAGCAAGUUGCAAGAAUUAUCUCUUUUGCUUUCUCUUCGGUGCUUAUCAUUUGAUUUUAUGGGGACAUCCUAUGAUGAAAGUUCGGAUGAGAUUGGCACAGUUCAGGUUCCAACUUCUUGGAAGCCAGUCCUUGAGGAUUCCUCAACACUGCAAAUCUUUUUUGAUAAUGCAAUGAAUCAACCAUUUUCAAAGGAGGCAUUGGAGUGCCUGUUGCGAUUGGCUUCUGCAAGGCGAUCUGUGUUUGCCAGUGAUGCUGCUCGACUAAAGUUUUUGUCACAGUUAAUGCAGGGAACCAAGGAAAUAUUGCAAACAGGGAUAGGUCUUGCAGAGCAUGAUAACUACCAUGCAUUUUGUCGUCUUCUUGGUCGCUUUAAAGUGAAUUAUCAGUUAUCGGAACUUGUGAAUGCUGAAGGCUACAGUGAUUGGAUACGAUUAGUGGCGGAGUUCACAUUGAAAUCUUUGCAUUCUUGGAAGUGGGCUGGCAGCAGUGUUUACUACCUUCUAGGUUUGUGGUCUAGAUCAGUAACAUCUGUGAAGUAUCUGAAGAGUGACAAACCCAUCUUGCUGGAUGAAUAUGUGCCUAAAAUCAUAGAAGGUUUUGUUACUUCAAGAUUUGAUUCAUUGCAGUCUGAACAGUCUGAUGAACUUGGUGAAGAUCCCCUGGACAAUGUGGAGGUGCUUCAGGAUCAGCUUGAUUUCUUUCCUUACCUCUGCAGAUAUCAGUAUGAAAGUUGCAGUUCAUAUUUGAUGAAGAUUGUGGAACCUAUCAUAGACAGCUAUAUGAAUGAAGCUAAUGCCCAAAUCUCUGUAGACAACUAUGAAAUAUCUGUAACAGAAGCCAAACUUGCUUGGUUCACUCACAUAGUUGCUGCAAUUCUGAAGAUUAAACAAAUUUCUGGUUUUAGUGGAGAAUCACAUGAGAUACUUGAUGCAGAGAUUUCAGCACGUGUUCUGCAGUUGAUUAAUAUCACUGACAGUGGAUUACACAGUAGGAGGUAUGGAGAUAUUAGCAAGCAAAGACUUGAUCGAGCUAUACUAACCUUCUUACAACAUCUUAGAAAGUGUUAUAUUGGUGACCAUGCUGUUCUUCCUUCCAAGCAGUUAUAUGCCCGAUUAUCUGAACUUCUAGGACUCCAUGAUCAUCUACUACUACUGAAUGUUAUUGUGGGAAAGAUUGCUACUAAUCUUAAAUCUUACAAAGAGUGCAAAGAGGUUGUUGAUCACACUUUAAGCCUCUUUUCAGAAAUGACAUCUGGGUUUAUGACAGGAAAGCUGCUUCUUAAGUUGGAGACAGUUCAACGCAUAAUAUCAAACCAGAUUGGGGAGCAAUUCCCAUUUUUAGAAAAUGUAGAAUGUUUCCGCAGCAGAACAAUGUUUUACUACACACUUGGCAUGUUAGUGUUCAUGGAAGAUAGCCCCCUGAAAUUUAGGUCUUCAAUGGAACAUCUUCUGCAGGUUUUUCUUAAGUUGGAAUCAGCGCCUGAUGCAAUUUUCCGAUCAGAUGCUGGAAAAUUUGCUUUGAUUGGAUUAAUGCGGGACCUUCGAGGAAUAGCAAUGGCAACUAACAGUCGUAGGAUGUAUGGCUUCCUUUUUGAUUGGCUCUAUCCAGCACGCAUGUCUAUUCUUUUGAAAGGCAUUUUGCAUUGGGCUGAUUCUCCGGAGGUAACAACUCCGGUGUUGAAAUUUGUGGAUGAAUUAGUCCUGAACAAAUCACAGCGAUUGAUCUUUGAUUCAUCUUCCCCAAAUGGUAUACUGCUUUUCCGUGAAGUCAGUAAACUGAUUGUGGCCUAUGGGUCAAGAAUAUUACCUCUUCCUAAUAGAGCGGAUAUGUAUACAUUUAAAUACAAGGGGAUAUCAAUUUGUUUGUCAAUUCUCACAAGAGCACUAUCUGGGAACUAUGUCAACUUUGGUGUUUUUGAGCUUUAUGGUGAUAGAGCGUUAGUGGAUGCUCUAGAUAUCAUUGUAAAGAUGAUAUUAUCCAUUCCUUUGGCUGAUGUAUUUGCAUUUCGAAAGCUCACAACUGCUUACUUUGCAUUCUUGGAAACCCUCUUCAGCAGUCAUUUAUCAUUUGUUUUGAGUUUGGAUAAGUCCACAUUUAUGCAUAUCGUUGGAUCUCUCGAAUCAGGCCUUAAAGAUUUAAAUGAGAAUAUAUCAUCACAGUGUGCCUCUGCUAUCGACCACUUGGCUACAUUUUAUUUCAUGCAUAUUACUGUCGCAGAGUCAAUUGUGUCACCAGCUGCGUUGAAUAUAGCUCAACUAGUCUCUGACUGCUCUGCUUUAUUCUCUGGAAUAUUGAAAACCUUAUUUGAGAUUGUUUUGUUGGAAGACCGUGGCAAUCAGUGGGGUCUUAGCAGAGCAAUGCUGAGCUUAAUACUUAUUAGUGAGGAGAUGUUCACAAGUAUCAAGGCACAAAUUUUGGCUUCAUAUCGGCCAGAACAACAUGAGCGACUCUCAUUGUGCUUUGAGAAACUUAUGAGUGAUGUGACGCCGAGCUUGGAUUCAAAGAAUAGGGACAGAUUCUCACAGAAUCUGACAAGAUUCAAGACUGACUUCUGUGCAAAUUGGGACCAAUUCUCUCAUGCUCUGGCGCAGAUCUUGUGAAUGGUUCGAUAGUUUGUAUGUUGAAAUGCAAGAUACAGAAAACGAAGAUAUGGCAGCUGAUGCGAGAAGAAAAAAGGGAUUAUGGGGAAUAAUUGAGGCUGGCUGAGACUUCUAGUUGGUGGUUUUCCUCCUUUGUAUUCGAGGCAAAUCUGUAAAUGCGAGGCCCUUUGUCACGGAUGAUUCAAUCGAAAAUAUAGAAUUUCUAUUUUUAUACCUGUCUUGUUGGUUCGUUGUCGUCCAUGUUCAAGGUAUCUUGUUAAUUUCAGCCAUUCAUUGUUGAGAAAAGUUACUUUAGCUGAAGAUGAAAGAAAGCAUGAUAAUAAGCUGGCAUAUUGUUUUAAUACAUGUCAGAUAAGUUUCUAUUUUUUGUGUUA